CGAUUAUAAAAUAAUUUCAAACCUCGUACAUAUGUUUAAAGUUCAGUGCAGCCUGAACUUGCCGAUAAGAGUUGAUGGCCAAUCUCAACAUUCUUACAAAUGUUUGUUUAACUAACAUACAAAAGGUUUAGUUAGUACACGCUCGCCAUUCGACAAAGACGGACGCAAACGCGAAUUGAGCUUAGAGAAGAUGCCCGGAAUGAAUCCAGAUAUUGAGAAAGAGAGAAAUACUGCCACCUUUGACCCAAAGGAGUUUACUAUUUUGUGGUCGGGUGGUGAACAGCUCUACAAGGAAAAGAAAAUUCUGGAGAAACUGCUACUGGACGAUCCAGAGCUUGAAGAUCCACAGCCCAUUUCCUAUUUUUCGCACAAGGAACUGUAUGAGAACAGCGUGCGCAAGGCCUGCAUCGUUGGUGAGAAGAUACGCAAGCUACGUGCCGAUGGCGAGGAUGGUGUCAAUACCUACAAUGCACUGCUUGGUGGAUCCUUGGGCUCAGCUAUAUUGAAGGAAGGCAAUCCUCUGGCGCUGCACUACGUUAUGUUUUUGCCAACUAUUAUGGGCCAAGGCACUAUUGAGCAGCAGGUGGAGUGGCUAAGCAAGGCCUGGGACUGCGAGAUUAUAGGCACCUAUGCGCAAACCGAAUUGGGCCACGGCACUUUUCUGCGUGGCUUAGAGACGCGUGCGGACUACGAUGCAAAGACACAGGAGUUUGUGCUCAACACGCCCACGCUCACUGCCUACAAAUGGUGGCCAGGCGGAUUGGGACACACGGCUAAUCAUGCAGUGGUUGUUGCACAGUUGUAUACAAAGGGAGAGUUUCGUGGUUUGGCGCCGUUUAUUGUGCAGCUGCGUCACUCGGACACACAUGAGCCUUUGGCCGGCAUUGAUAUAGGCGACAUCGGUACCAAGCUAGGCAUGAAGGGCGUCAACAAUGGCUAUCUAGGAUUGAAAAAUGUGCGCAUACCGCUCAACAACAUGCUGAUGAAGAACCAACAGGUGCUACCCGAUGGCACUUAUGUGGCUCCUAAGAACAAUGUUCUCACAUAUGGCACAAUGAUGUUUGUUCGCUGUGCGAUUAUCCGUGAUACGGCAACGGCCUUGGCCAAGGCAUCAACAAUUGCCACACGCUACUCGGCGGUGCGCCGCCAGAGUCCCAUUGAUCCCAAUCAACGCGAGCCUCAGAUUAUGGACCACACCACACAGCAGCUGAAGCUUUUCCCACAGAUUGCCAAAGCUAUAGUAUUCAAGGCUACCGGCGAUAGCUUUUGGAAUUUAUACAAUGUGUUGUCCGGCGAGAUUGAGCAGGGCAAUCUGGAGCGUCUGCCCGAGAUGCACGCCAAUGCGUGUUGCCUGAAAGCCCUCUGUAGCGCCGACGCCGCUGCUGGCGUCGAGACCUGUCGUCUAUCAUGCGGUGGUCAUGGCUACAUGGACUGCUCCAACUUUCCAACUAUCUAUGGCACCACCACGGCCAUUUGCACCUAUGAGGGUGAGAAUACAGUGAUGCUGCUGCAGACCGCGCGCUAUCUGGUUAAAGUUUACGGGCAUGCACUAACCGGUGAGCAGCUGGUUCCCACUGUGGCCUACAUAAACGAGGCACUUAAGCUGCAAGAUUUUGUCAACUUCGAUGGGUCAUUAGAGUGCAUAGUCAAGGCAUUCCAGUUCGUUGCCGCCAACAAAGUGCGCGUGGCUUAUGAACAAGUGGAUCAGCGUCGUCAGCAGGGCCACAGCACCGAGAUGGCAGCCAGUUUAAGUGGAGUGUUUCUUACCUCAGCUGCAGAGUUGCAUGGACGAGCUUUUCUGGCACAAUCUGCAUAUACGGAGCUGUUGGCUAUGUGCAAGCAAGUCUCUCCUGCGUUGGCAGAUGUGCUGAUGGUAGUGCUAGAGCUCUAUCUGGUGGACGCCUGCCUUAAUCGCAUUGGCGAUUUCUUGCGCUUCAUCAACCUGACGGAUGAAGAUGUUACCAAGCUUGAGGUGCGCCUGCAGCGCUGUCUGGAACGCCUACGCCCGAAUGCCGUAGCAUUGGUAGAUAGCUUUGACUUGCAUGAUCGGGUUUUGGCCUCCGCCCUAGGCGCCUAUGAUGGCAACGUUUAUGAGCACAUCUUCGAGUCGGCUCAGAAAAAUCCACUCAACAAGGAGCCAGUGAAUGCCUCAUUCCAUAAAUACCUGAAGCCUUUCAUGAAAGCGCAUUUGUAAAUCGAUUCUUAUGUCUUUGUAUAUACCACUUGUAAUACUUGUAUUUUUUAUGCUUAUGUAUAAUUUAAUCCGUUGAAGCAAUACUAAUGUUUGUUUUAAA